UUCUUUCUUCUUUCUUAUUCUGCAUGCACACGCCUCCUUUCUCUCUCUCUCUCUGUUUCACCCUCUCUUAUUCUCUUAUAUUCUCUCUCCGGUUACCGUCCAUUCAAAUCUCUCUCCGGUUCCUCUCCUCUGUUCAGAGUCCAACAACCUUCCGAUCACACUCGCCACCGCUCUUCCACGCGAAUGCGAAUCCUAAACCUCAUCACUCGCGGCGCCCGCACUUCGUAGAGACUUCCGGUGACCGGAACUUCUACUUACGAACUUUCGGCGACGCGGAGCGGCCACUAGAGGUUCGCUCGGAGGCUUAAUUUCGAGCGCGUGGAAUUGGAGUUGAAAAUGGAGUCAAGGAGCUGCAUGAACGUGACGUGCGCCACCUUGACGACGAUUCGGUGGCGCAAAGGCUGGGCCCUGCGAUCCGGCGAAUUCGCCGAUCUCUGUGAUAAGUGCGGUUCUGCUUAUGAGCAAUCAGCAUAUUGUGAUACUUUCCAUUCCAACGAUUCUGGUUGGAGAGAAUGCACGUCAUGUGACAAGCGUCUCCAUUGUGGAUGCAUUGCUUCUAUGUCUCAGCUUGAAUUAUUAGAUACUGGUGGUGUAAGCUGUAUAAGCUGUGCAAGGAAUUCAGGACUUCAACCUAUUGCAAUCAAUGAAAAGCCUAAUUUAUCGGGGACUUCAAAGGUAAUAGAUAUCAGUGCACAGCAGUGCACUUCUCUGGCUAACCAAUUAAACGUGAGGGGUAUGCAAGGAGGGAAUUAUGCAGAAAAUGAUGGUCUCCGAUGCUGGUUCAAACCUCAUAAAAUUGAAACAGAUGUGCCUUCUACAGAAAUGAAACCAGAAAUUUUGCCUUCUGUUGGAGAACUUGGAAGCACUUUGAUAUCACAAUUUCAUUUUGAGUCUAAUGGAUCAUCCAAGGCUUCCAAAGCAGAGAGCUGUAAGGCAGACACAGAAAUACGAGAUAUAUAUGAAUCUUUGGCACAAACUAAUUUAAGUAUGACCCUUGCUACUCCCAUAGGAAAUUCAAACCCCUUUCAUAGUUCUGUUGUUGAUGAAAGGGAACAAAGUAAAACAUCUUCACUUUUAUUGGGAUCAAGGUCUCGCCAUCUUUUACCUAAGCCCCCUAGGUCAAGCAGUGGCACAGGCCUAGAAGUAAAUGCUGGUAUGGUAUCCCAGAUUCGUGUGGCAAGGCCACCCGCUGAAGGUCGGGGAAGGAAUCAGUUGCUUCCGCGUUAUUGGCCCAGAAUUACUGAUCAAGAGUUGCAACAAAUAUCAGGAGAUUCAAAUUCCACUAUCGUGCCACUCUUCGAAAAGAUGCUGAGUGCAAGUGAUGCUGGUCGAAUUGGUCGCCUGGUUUUACCAAAAGCAUGUGCUGAAGCAUAUUUCCCUCCAAUUUCUCAACCAGAGGGCCUUCCUUUACGAAUCCAAGAUGUGAAAGGAAAAGAAUGGAUGUUUCAAUUUAGAUUUUGGCCAAAUAAUAACAGCAGGAUGUAUGUUUUAGAAGGUGUAACCCCCUGCAUUCAGUCUAUGCAAUUGCAAGCUGGAGAUACUGUAACAUUUAGCCGUAUGGACCCUGAGGGGAAACUUAUAAUGGGGUUUAGAAAGGCAACAAAUUCUACGGCAAUACAGGAAACACUACCAUCUAAUAUGCCCAAUGGUUCUCAUUCAAGUGAAACUUCCUAUUCUGGUGUUUAUGAGAAUCUACCUAUAUUAAGUGGUUACUCUGGCCUUCUUCAGUCACAAAAGGGAUGUUCAGAAACCCACCUAAAUGUGCUGUCUAAAAAAUGGAACUCUGCUGGUGGUGACAUGAACUGGCAUAACAUUGACAUUCCCGAAAGCAGGAAAAGAGAGGGGUUGCCUUUGCCACCUGUGCUGGUUCCUGAGAAGAAAAGAACUCGGAAUAUUGGGUCAAAAAGUAAGAGGUUGCUUAUUGAUAGCCAGGAUGCACUCGAGCUAAAACUUACUUGGGAAGAGGCUCAGGAUUUGCUUCGACCACCUCCUGCUGUUAAACCAAGCAUUGUCAUGAUUGAGGAUCAGGUUUUUGAAGAGUAUGAAGAACCUCCUGUCUUUGGAAAGAGGAGUAUAUUCGUAGUUCGAUCAGCUGGGGUGAAUGAGCAGUGGACGCAGUGUGAUAGUUGCUCAAAAUGGCGGAAGUUGCCAGUUGAUGUACUAAUUCCCCCUAAGUGGACAUGUGUGGAGAAUUUAUGGGAUCAGAGCAGGUCUUCAUGUGCUGCUCCCAAUGAAUUGAACCCAAGGGAACUGGAUAAUCUUCUGAGGUUGAAUAAAGAAUUCAAGAAACAAAGAUUGGCAGCAAGCCAGAGACCAGCCCUGGACCAUGAAUCUUCAGGACUGGAUGCUUUGGCAAAUGCAGCAAUACUUGGAGAUGAUGCAAGUGAUUCUGGCAGGACACCAGUGGUUACCACCACAAAACAUCCCCGGCAUAGACCUGGGUGUUCUUGCAUUGUCUGUAUCCAGCCACCAAGUGGAAAGGGAAAACACAAACCUACUUGCACGUGCAAUGUGUGCAUGACAGUUAAACGACGGUUUAAAACCCUGAUGAUGAGAAAGAAGAAGCGUCAAUCAGAACGUGAAGCUGAGAUUGCCCAGAGAAAUCAGUUAACAUGGCGGACCAAGGACGAAUCAGAAGUAGACAGCACCUCACGACAUUUAACUCCAGUUGAUGGUUUGGAGAAUGAAGUAAGGGCGUCAAGUGAGUUGGACCCAAGGACUCAAGACCAAGUUGCUGAAGCUGCCAAGGGACAAUUAGAUUUGAAUUGCCAACCAGAUCGAGAAGAAGCGCAAACUGGGCCAAAUAAUGUGAGCAUGACAAGUCUUCUUGAAGAAGCAAAUCUGCCGUUGGAGACCUACCUGAAGCAAAAUGGCCUUACUAGUUUGAUAUCAGAGCAGCAAACAAAUUCAGCUUCAAAUGUGCAGGCACAGACAACCAACGAGAGUGAGGGAAGACAAAAUGAGGAUUGCGGUACGGCUUCAGUUAUUCAUGAGCAGGAUAGCAGUCACGAAGAUAACAGUGGGCAAGACAAAGACCAAAACAAUUCACUCUCAUAAAAUCUUACAGUUACAUUUUUUCUCCCUUCUUUUUACUCUGAAAUUAUUUUACAAAAGUCGUUCAUGCAUUAGUUAUAAAAUUAUAGGAGGUUCUUUUGUAUGUCUAUAUAUUUUGUUAUUGUUUGUCUUGAGAAAUUUCCCCCAAAACUCAAUGACCUAUAUAUAUACGCAAAAGUUUGUGUUUUAUGGUUGUAAACUAGUGAGACAAGGAGUGGAAGGUGGUUAGUAACACCUUGAUUUUUUGUAUUUUUGGUCUGUGUGGUAACUCUGAAUAAGCAUCGCUUCCUUUCUUUUUUGUUAUAAGGAGGAAGGGGGAGGACACCUAUUUAAUUGUCUAGUACGGGGUUUUGUUUG